AUGAACGAAGUCUACAGUCAGCCUUCUCCGCGGUCAGUCAACACUGGAUCUCCCGCCACUAUGAAAUUUCUCCUGGGUUUUCUCACUGUCUUUGUCACCGCUCAGAUCAUCGCGACGGCCCUUUUUGGUAUAUAUCUUCACAGGAGGUUGGAUAAGGUAAAAGAUGAGAUGAGUCUUCACGAAGAUUAUGUGUUCAUGAAGACGGUACAAAAAUGUCACAAUGGAGGGGCAUCCUCAACAUUACUGAACUGCGAAGAGAUUAGGAACAGGUUCCAAAAGCUUCUUGAGGGUAAGGAGAAAGAGGAGAGAGGAGAGGCAUUUCUAAAGCAAACAGAUGAACAGAAGCACCCAAUUGCAGCUCAUCUUAUAGGGGUGAAAAAUAAUGAGUCAGCAUCUGUUUUACAGUGGAUGAAGAAGGGGCGUUUCACCAUGAGCCAUUUGCUAUCCUACAAGGCUGGGAAGCUGACAGUCGAGAGGCCGGGACUCUACUAUAUCUACGCCCAAGUCGGCUUCUGCUCCAAAGACGAAGCCACGGACAAGGAGCCGUUUGUGACUUACCUUUACCUGAGCCAGAAGAGUGGAGCCGUGAGUCCUUUACUCAAGGGAGCCAAUUCCCAGACAUCAACUCAACACUGUGGUCUUCAGUCCAUUCACAUAGGAGGCGUCUUUGACCUGCAACGAGGCGUCUCGGUGUUCGUUAAAGUGACCAAGUCGAGUCAAGUAUUUUAUGAUUCUGAAUUGACGUAUUUCGGCUUAAUUAAACUAUGA